AUGCGCCGCGGUCCACUUGCGGGCACUGAAGAUCCAAGAUUGAUAAGGGGCAAACGCCUCCGAAAAACUGAACCUCUUCCACUUAGAUAUCAGUCCACUGACCGGGAAGAUCUUUAUUAUCACGAAGCGCAAACUUCCUCACUCUCUUGGGGUGCCGAUGAAUGGUUUUGGACGGAGCUGUGUCUGGUAGACACAUACUUUGGCUCUGAAGAGAAGCAUAAGACUUACUUCACUGGGUGCCAGGAAGGUGAUGGAUUCGACCCUCCCGUUGGGGGUAGAUUCCGAAUGACUACACCGCGAUUCGAUCCAAGAGAAUACUUUCUUCUCAAGCUUCGAUUUCGGACCGAACAAGCAGUCACGGAGUACAGUGCACUCAUAGAAACCUUCAACAGCAGAAUGGAUGAAUAUGCACGAACGAUCAGACGCGUCUUCGAAGACGAUAACAAGAGGACGAACACAAGGACAAUAAGCGAUGUCAUCGAAACAGCACAGCUUUUCAUUGACGGCAUCAGCGGUAUAACCGACGCUUGGGAUACAUUCAGUCGUACUGAGCUUGUGAUCUUCACUACAUAUCUACCUGAGAGAUCUACCUGGCCAACAUACAUCAACAUCAUCAUUCGAAAUGUUGCAGAACUUGAUCGAUUACGCAAAUUACUCCUCAUCAGGCGAGACCACUUCAAGUUCAAACUCGAUAGCUACGUCGCCUUUCCACUACUCUUUACAACAGCACUUUUCAGCAUGGACUUCGUUAGACCGAAGUACCCAUGGGCUGUGUUCUUCGGAGUGUUAGCGCUGAUAUCGUUGGUGAAUUAUAUGAUUGCUUCGCCGCGGAGCUCAAAGAGAGUGUGGACGAAGUGUAAGGCGUGGCAGGAUGCAACGGUAUGGAAGUUGAAGCAUAAUUGA